AAUAUAAAGCGCAGACCAACGUGAAUUACUUGGUCUAAUCUGUGGUAUAUAACAGAAAGAAGUUUUGGCAAAACAGUAAACAAAUAAGCUAUACAUUGUAAAUUCCAAUUGCAUGCAAUAAAAUGCUUUUAAGUACCUGAAUACGGGUUAGUAUAAGUAUUUAAGCCUCCGUUUUUUAAACAGUUAAACCAUGAGUUGAGUAUUUUUACGUCGGAAAUAUGGCGGACGCUCAUAGCAGCGACGAUUCUGAUAUCGAAAAUCAAAACGAGUUUGCUGGUGUAUUAAGCAAAUGGACUAAUUACAUACAUGGCUGGCAGGAUCGGUAUAUCGUGUUGAAAAAUGGUACUUUGUCGUAUUACAAGAGUGAACAUGAACGGGGUUACGGAUGCAGAGGUGCCUUAUCGCUUGCUAAAGCUGUUAUCAAGCCACAUGAAUUUGAUGAGUGCAGAUUUGAUAUAUCGGUUAAUGAUUGUGUUUGGUAUUUGAGGGCAGAAUCGGUUCAAAGUAAGCAAACUUGGGUAGAUGCUUUGGAAGCCUAUAGAGUUGAAUCUGGUUACGGUACUGGCUCUGAGACCAGCCUGAAAAGACACGGUUCGACAGUUAGUUUACAAUCAAACAAUCAAAGUACAGCCUCCAGUAGUAGUUUUAAGAAAAGCUCGAGAAACUUGAGGGAAAAACUCGCUGAACUUGAAACUUUCAAGGAAAUACUUUGCCAACAAGUAGAUACAUUGCAGAAAUACUUUGACUACUGUGUUGAAAAUGAACAAAAAGGAGACAUGUCCCAUAGAGAAAAUUUGCCAAUCAUUGAUUUCAAAGGUGAAUCGAUAACUUUUAAGACCACAACAGCUGCUGUUAUUGAUACCCUGGAUCAUUGUGCUGAAUUGGUUGCCCAGAGGGAAGAAUCUUGGAGGAAAAGGUUUGAAAAAGAGAAGGAACGGAGGAGGCGCAGUGAUGAUUUGUGUAGAAAGUAUUUUGAGCAAAUGAGGAAAGUGAGAAAUGUGCAUCCUGGACCAGAUCUGGAGGAGGGACCCCACAGUAUACUUGCCGACGAUGAGUUCUACGACGCCAUAGAGUCGGGCUUGGACAAAAUGGAAGAGGAGCAGGAGCUAAGAGAGCUGCUGAAGAGCGGACAGAUACCCAUCACACCUCCUCCCAUUUCUCCCGCUUGUCAACACAAACUCUGGCCUGAAAUCGACAGAGUGGUAAAACAGCAGGUAGCGAUGGCUCGAAUGGGUAUCGGGGAGUGCGGAACGGGGUGGCAACUGUUCGCUGAAGACGGGGAGAUGAAGAUGUACCGCAGGGAGGAGGAAAUCGACGGCAUGGUGGUGGAUCCUCUCAAAGCGGUGCAUGUGGUCAAGGGCAUAACGGGUCACGAAGUUUGCCAAUAUUUCUUCGAGCCAAAGUAUAGGUAUGACUGGGAAACCACAUUAGAACACAUGACCGUACUGGAAACGAUAGCCGAGGAUACAUUAAUUUUUCAUCAAGUUCACAAGAGAAUAUGGCCGGCUAGUCAGCGGGAUGUUGUUUUUUGGUCCCACUUAAGGCAGUUGCCGAAUGAUCAAGACAGGGAGGGGCCAGAUAUGUGGACCGUGGUUAACAAUUCGACUGAAAUUUCAACUUAUCCGGCAAACUCAGGCAAAUGCGUCAGGAUAUUCUUGACGGUAUGUCUGCUGUGUCAGACUAGAGUGAUACCACCAAAGGAAGGCACAGCUUUGUCAAGAGAUAAUGUUUCAUGCAAAAUAACUUACUGUUCAGUGGUAAAUCCGGGAGGAUGGGCACCGGCGUCCGUUUUGCGGGCAGUUUACAAAAGAGAGUAUCCAAAGUUUCUGAAGAGGUUUACCGCAUAUGUUAAAAAUCAAACGAAAAAUCAAGCUAUACUGUUUUAGCACCGAGAUGAGAGCUUUAUUGUUUUAUAAUUUUUGUUUUAAUUAAUAAAUGUUAUUUUGUGUUA